GUCAAUGAAUUUCGUCGUAGUAAAUAAUAACGAUGUUUACAUUUGAUUUAUAUAUUCUAUGAAAUAUUUUGGAUCAGUUUUCGUUUUUCGUAUAAAACUAUAAGCAAUAGCUUACGUUUCUAAUUAUUCGUUAACUAACAUAUGUUUACGGUAAACUGAAUAUGGCAGGUUCUACAACAACAGGUGCCUCGGUUCUAACAGACAUCCGGUCCAUGAUCGACCUGGCAAUCGGCACGCCGGAGUUGGGUGUAGUGGACUUCUGCAUGCUGCACACCGUGCUGCACUGUCUGGCGCAGCAGCUGAACGCCCUGGACAAGCCAGUGGAGCUGGUGGGAAACGCCACGCCGCAAUCCUUGCCCACCGGCAAGGACAUACACAGCAUCGCCAUCACCGAGUAUAUCGUCGAGACCGUCGCCACUGCCGCCGAGCCCAUGAAACCCGUGGCAGUAAAACCACCUAUACCACCUGCUGAGCCUACACUUUUAGUAGUGGAACGUGUCAAAAGGGAUUUUUCACCCUUGUCCUCGGCGGAUCCCAGUGUGGUGAAGGCGACGAUGCCCGAUCGACCAGCGGCAGCGCCGUCGCAAGGAGCGGCGCCCGCCGGCCGGAAAUCCAUAAUAAGCAAGGCUGCUUCGGAAAGUCAAGAGGAAGGUCUACCUGAACAAGCUGGAGGGCAUGAAGGAGUUGUAAAGGGGGUAGAAGGCAAGCACAAGCAGUCACACGCAAAGCAGGACACAGAGCCCCGGCGGCUGGCAUCCUCGGAGAAACUGUCUUUGGUGACAUUGAGCAAGUUCAACCUGCUGGAGAACGUUGUUCAAGACCUCAAGGAUCGCGUUUAUGGUAGUAUGCCAAAGAACGAGAAGAUAUUAGAGGAAGUCAGAUCUCAAACAAACUUGAAGGCAAUUACUGACAUGUGGACAAAUUUGAACGUGUCGUCCCGACUCGAAGCGGCCGAGACGGGGCUCACCAAGCUCAGCUCCCUUGUGGAAGACCUGAUAAAGGAAGGCGGCCCGAGACCGGGGGCAAUAAGUGCAGCGCCAACGACGGCGCCAGCGACGGCGCCAGAGACGGCGCCAGCAACUUCGCCAGCGACGGCGGCUGGGACGGCGGCAGACACGGCUACAUCGCCGACGACGCUCGCUACCUCGCAAACUGAACAAUUGCAAGGUGGACAAAUUGGGCUGUUGGGGCCUCCUUACCCAUGGGAUGUCCUGGCUGCUGAGGUGGCCGAAGACAGGGACAAGAUGCUGCAACAUUUGAAUCGCCUGCGCGCCGACAUCGACCUUCUGAACAAUACCUUCUAUGAUGCCAUGCAAAGCCUCCAGAGCAAAUUAGAUCCAGAGAGUCAAAUAACACUGCCGCCACCGCCUCAGCAUGUCCCAACAGAAGAGCUGCUUCCCCCGCGUCGUACGCACUCGGUAUUACAAUCACCACUAUCACCAGAUGGACCACCAGCCACCACCCACCAGGCCAGCCUCCGGGCCCCCAGUACGCCGGAGUCGCAUGGGUCGACGGGAAUAUCCGCGGCUUUAACAGACCGGCUGGCGCUGCUCGAGCGUCGCAUUAAGGAAUGCUGCGAGAGCAUGGUCAAGGACAAGGGAACCGCCGGGGAUCAGUUGAAUAAUUUCCAAGACCAACUUGAUCACCUUAUGCGUCAAGUUGGAGCUCUCCAUGAAGACAUCAGCGUACUCAAGAUGUCACCUAAUUUGGCUAAAGAUUUGGAAGGUCUGUUGACGCUGUACCAGACCGUGCAGGAGAUGCAGGAGCAGCUGCACCAGGUGAACGAGCUGGCGCGCCAGCUGGCUGGCGAGAAGGAUGACCGCCAUCAACAUAUUAAAGCACUUUUGGAACAAAUUGAAAUCCUCAAAACAAUCAAAAUGGAUCGAGAAGACAUGGCGGAAGCGAUGGCUGAGAAAGCGGACCUGCGCUUGUUGGCGCGGAAGGUUUCUCACGACCAGUUUGAGAUGGCUUGUGACGACCUCUCCAGAGGACUGGAUCACGCCCUCGGGAAGCUCAACACACAGGAAGCCCUGUGGCAGCAGGUGUUAGACGACGUGCAGCGCGAGAUAGAGAGCAAGCUGGACAAAAUGGAGCUAUCUCCACUAAAGGAAUUCUUCGAAACCAAGUUGCGCUUAUUGCAAGACAAUCUGAAGCAAAUGGCGUCGCUACGUCGAAAUGUUGAAGCAGCGGGCACCAAGAGGCGAUUGCUAAGAGAGGUGAACUGCAUAUCCUGCGACGCGGAUGCCGUGAUGUCAUUAGAGAACACCACUCCGAUGGCAACCAAGCCUUUGCCUGCCCAUCUAUCUAUGAAGCCGUAUCUCAGCUACGAACUAGAUACCAUUCGCAAGACACAGGCAAGCAACCUACCGCAGCGUAACCUGCACGACUGGGAGACCAUAGAAAAGCAAAAAGCUCCCAAAGCACCCGUAAAAGUUAGAUCGGAUACGGACAAGCACAUUUGCAACCGCUACUGCGGCGGGUCGCACACGACGACCACUCCGGCGCAGCGCGUGGCGCGCACCGGCCACUUCAUCAAGCAGUGGGGGCCGGACGUGGUGCCGCUCGCGAGCGGCCUGGCCACCGGCGACGACGGCAGGCUGUACAAAGUUACCACCACGGAACACGCUAACGUUGGUCCAGGUGGAUCAGUGGACCCGACUUGCACGAAAAAGCCGAAGUCGCCGGAACCUUCCAAGACGCUGCCGAAGGCGCCAAUCAUUCUAAACAAGGAAUGCCGUUGCCUGGAAGGGGGGCCUUACUCGUAACCUCUUACGAAUGGAGCUGCUGAAGUUUUUUGGAAUAAAACUACACGAUUUCGUAAACUCACUGCAUUUGAUGACAUCGAAAAUUACUUAUAUGUAGGUAAUUCAUCACUAAAUUAAAGACUAUAGCUUCCAAA